ACCAUGGAGUAGACUCGACUUUGUUGGAGAAUCUGAAGGCAGAGAUUGCUAAGUUCUUCAAGCUUCCAAUGGAAGAGAAGAAGAAAUGGUGGCAGACACCUGGGAACGCUGAGGGAUUCGGACAAGCUUUUGUCGUGUCCGAAGAUCAAAAGGUUGAUUGGGGUGACCUCUUCUACGUGCUCACUCAUCCUCUCCGUCUUCGAAACCCUCGCUUGAUCCCCACCCUCGCUUCUCCUUUGAGAGAAACGAUGGAGCGUUACACGUUUGAUUUAAACAAUUUAUCCACGGCCAUGCUAGGAAAGAUAGCGGAAGCUUUGCACAUGAAAACGGAGGAAAUGACGGUGUUUGUCGGAGAAGGAAGGCAGACGAUUAGGGUUAACUGUUACCCGCCAUGUGAGCUGUCUGACCAGGUCAUGGGACUCACUCCUCACUCGGACUCCACUCUCAUUACCAUUUUGCUUCAGCUCAACGACGUCGAUGGUCUAGAGAUAAGGAAAGGCGGUAAGUGGGUUCAAAUUCAACCCCUCCCGGAUGCUUUCGUUAUCAACGUCGGCGACAUUUUAGAGAUCAUAUCGAACGGAAGAUACUAUAGCAUCGAGCACCGUGUGACGGUGCACCCGGAGAAGGAACGGCUCUCGUUCGCGACGUUCUUCGGCCUGGGGCACGAUGGGGAAUUAGGCCCUGCACCGAGCUUGGUCUCGGAACAAACGCCUGCUAAGUUUACCAGGGUGAAGGUUCAAGAGUUCUACAAAGGUUUGUUCUCUCGUAGGCUUCAGGGGAAAGCUUACAUUGAUACCUUUAGAAUUCAACAGGAUUGA